AAACGGCAUAAAAUUAAUCUAUAAAUUGAUAAACAUUCAGCUAUAUAUAAUUACGUAUGUAAAGGGAACUUUUCAUUCAGAGAGACUUGAUUCGUGUCAUAAAGAGAUCGAUGUAGCGAUGAUGAGUGGUGAAGGUAAGGAUCAUGAAGAAGAAGAUGAAACAACACUUCCUGGAUUCAGAUUUCAUCCCACAGACGAAGAGCUUUUAGUGUAUUAUCUCCGAAGAAAAGUAGAGAACAAACCCAUCAAACUCGAGCUUAUCAAACAAGUCGAUAUCUAUAAGUUCGAUCCCUGGGAUCUUCCUAGAGUGAGCAGCGUCGGGGAAAAGGAGUGGUACUUCUUCUGUAUGAGAGGCAGAAAAUACAGAAAUAGCGUUAGACCAAACCGGGUGACCGGUUCAGGUUUCUGGAAAGCCACAGGUAUUGAUAAACCGGUUUACUCUAAUCUAGACUGCGUCGGUCUCAAGAAAUCUCUGGUUUACUACCUUGGUUCAGCCGGAAAAGGUACCAAAACCGAUUGGAUGAUGCAUGAAUUCCGCCUCCCCUCCACCACAAAAUCCGACUCUCCCACUCAACAAGCAGAGGUAUGGACACUAUGCAGAAUCUUCAAACGAGCCACACAGCAGCGAAACCCAACCAUCGUACAAUCAAACCGUAAACCGGUUAUGACCUUAACCGAUUCGUGUUCUAAGACAAGCAGCUUAGAUUCCGAUCACACCAGCCACCGUGUCGUAGAUUCCUUGCCCUACAAGCUACACGAGCCGCCGCUUCAGAUAACACAGACGCAGAAUCCUUAUUGGAACCAAGAUACGGUUGGUUUCAAUCAACCGCCUACAUACACUUGUUAUGAUAACAACUUUUUGAGUUUCUGGAACAUCAACGGUGGAGACUUCAUCGGAGACGCAGCAAGUUGGGAUGAACUUAGAUCUGUUAUAGAUGGCAACACUAAACACUUGUAAUAAUUUUCCUUUUUUGAGCUUUGUAUAAAGGAUAAAACAAAACCAUUGUUUUUGUUUUAUAAAAUAAUAAUAUACGUAUGACACUACUGUCUACUGAUCACCAUAUUUACGAUC